AGUAACACGAGUGAUUUCUGCUCUCACCAGGAGACGCUGUUAUUAAGCGCAGCUGUUAAAAUGGCUACCAACCAAAGUCAACCCCCAUUGGACACCGUCGACCAUGGCCCUCUUUUGGCUUCUCCAGGAAACAGAGAUCGAUUCUUAAGUUCUGCUGAUUCAAGAGUUUCCUUUUCCUACAACCAAACUGCUAAGGAGUUACCUACUACAAAGAAACUGAGCCGUAGACAACUUGUGUUUGUACUUCUCCUGGCUUAUUGUUACUUUUCCAUGGCCUUGUACUCGGCACUGUUGGCACCUUUCUUCCCUAAUGAGGGUGAAAAACGAGGACUGUCAGCCACCCAAUACGGAGCUAUUAUUGGCACGAUCGCCUUCGUCAUUUUUAUCAGCUCGCCUAUAGUACCAAAACUUGUUUCCUUCGCAAAACCAAAAUCCCUUAUCAACACGGGGAUGUUUGUAUCAGGCAUAUGUGGCAUUUUGUUUGGAUUUCUGGAUAACUCUCCACCGGGAACAACGCUAUUCGUCUUGGCAUUGGCAGUGCAAUUUGUUGCGGGUCUAGGAGCGUCCGUUGUAUACAACUUCGGAUAUCCAAUAAUGGCGAAAGAAGUUGUAGACAAUAGAGGAACAGCCACAUCUCUACUGGAAAUGGCUUAUGGUGUUGGUUCAAUGCUCUCGCCCACUGUUGGAGGUGUUCUGUACGAGUUCGGAGGAUUCAAAGCACCUUUCAUCUUCUUGGGAACGGCGUUAUUGAUAGGAUCCGUGUUAGUUUACUUCUUUCUUCCAGAUUCAGAUACCGAAAGUGGGUGCUCGAUGAAAGAAAUCCUAAGCAUGUCUCUACAUUUCGGGUUUGCUUUAGAUAUGGUUAUUUGCAUGAUUGCCAUAUCUGCUAUUUACUUCAACGACGUCACCUUAGAACCUCACCUGAGACAGUUCGAUCUACAGCCGUCGAUAGUAGGGAUAGUAUUCGUAUCAGCAGCCUUUACUUACGCUUGUAGCGCCCCCAUAUGGGGCUGGUUCUGUGACAAAUUGCCUAAUAUCCGUGUUACGUAUCCCGUGGCGACACUUGCUUGUAUCUUGUGUUUUUUACUUAUUUCCCCGGCACCUUUUUUUCACUUUGAACCACAACUUUGGAUAAUUAUUCUGUCCUUGUUUUUGCUGGGUUUGGGGGCAGAAGGUCAAACUAUUUGUGCUUUUAACAACGCUCUGGUAGAAACCGUAUCAAGAGGAUAUCCUGCUAAUGUGACAACGUUUUCUAUGGUGUCUGCUGCGUUCAAUUCUAUGUGUGCAUUAGGGAGUUUCUUGGGAGCUAUAGCAGGUGGUUUACUUACAGACUACGUUGGAUAUAUCAGUGGGACAGUUUUCAUGGUAGUAGUGGAGACUUUUCUUUUGGUACUAGUUGUUGGAAAGCUGCUCCUGGACAGGUACAGGAAAAUUGGACCAAAAUCCGAAACAGAAACACUUCUUUCAAUUUCUGUCAAAAAAACUUCCAUGAAAUAGCUUGGUGAUGGACUAGUUUCUUUAGGUUUUGCAGCAUGAAUACUCUCAGCUAGCAUUCUUUGUCGUUCAACAGAGAGAUUGUAAAUUGAUAAAUUAUGUAUAAAUCUACCUUAGAAAUACCAUACAUGAUAAACAAUAAAGCUAUGUUGGAAAGGCUAAUUAUGAACAACACAUCUACAAAUACUCUGGUUGCAUUCUUCAUGAAUCUGUUGUAUAUAUAAGAUUAUGUUGGAAAGAUUGCAAGUCUAAGACUUUAACUUCAAGAUACCCGUUUAAAGAUUGUUAGGAACACUGUGACCUGGUGAUAGCUGCAUGACUCAUUAUCUACAUUGUGACACUUCAUAAGGCUGUUUGAAAUACUGUAACUUUACAAUACUUGUAUAAUGUUUAACUUGUUGUUAUCUUAUCAUCCAUAUUGAGAUAUCCUGACAGGUGACUUGUUUAAUUUAUUCCAACACUAAUUUUCAGUUUGGUUUUGUAUUUUCAUAAGUAUUUAAAUAAUAAAUAAUUUAUUCUGCUUUCUGAA